CAUCUUCCCUGGUCCAGCCAAAUGCCACAUGCCGCUUUCUUAGGUACCUUACAUCGAACUUCCACAGCUAUUAGUUAUUGGUAUCAUUACAAAGUAGUUACUGAAACCGCCGAUUACUCCAGAGACGACUUCGAUAUCCGUAUCGCACAACCUAAUUUCCCCUUACACAACUACUCAAUUCCUUCAAAAUGGCUCCUGGCAUGUCACUGUCCUCGGUGAAUGCCAUCAUCAUUCUCAACAUCGACGAUGGCUCUAGGAUAUUCGCCAAGUACUACAACUCGCCCCACCACGCGCCCACAGUCUCAUUAAACCCCCAUAACCAACCCAGCGGACCGUUCGCAGAUGUCAAGUCGCAGAAGUCGUUCGAGAAGGGCUUGCUAGAAAAGACGGCGAAGCAGACCGGCGAUAUCAUCCUCUAUGACAACCGGAUCGUGCUGUAUAAGAUGGAGUCUGACGUCAUGAUGUAUGUCGUUGGCGGCGUUGACGAGAACGAGGUUCUGCUUUACAACGUUAUUCUUGCGCUUAGGGAUUCCCUGCAUUUGCUGUUCAAGCAAUCCGUCGAUAAGCGAACAAUAAUCGAAAACUAUGACCUAGUCUCGCUUGCUAUUGACGAGAUCGUGGACGAUGGUAUUAUUCUGGAGACCGACCCGACAAUCAUCGUGCAGCGAGUCAGCAAGGCGCCAACACAAGACGUGAACCUGAGCCGUAUUGAUCUUAGCGAACAAGGCGUGAACAACUUGGCGCAAUUAGGAAAGGCCAAACUGACGGACUGGCUAAGACAAGGUCUAUGAGGUCGCUUAACUGUUUGAAGCAUGGGAGACCUCGAAUGAGAUAAGAUGAGAUGAGAUGGUCUUAACGUAGACUUUGGCAUGGCGUUGGUAAAAAAGUCUUUAUUUACUCUUAAUGGGGAGCAUCUUUUUGCUCAGCCCAGUUAUGAAGUGAUGGGCUACGACCUAAUCCGAGAAGCUGCUUUGCGCAGCCGGUUCAUGACCGCCGCGCCGAUGUCUUCAUCGUCUACUAUACCCUCCACAAAUAUGAUAUCCGCAUCCCUUUUAUCUAGUUCCCGUAACGCCGAA